GCAAAUCAAAAAAAUUUAAAAUUUUUCCAAAUCUUUAAAAAUAAUAAAUGAACAUAUAAGCCAAAAAAAAAGGGAGAGGAACAAAAUAGAUAAGACGGUUUCAUUGCUUAGAGAAAAAUCAAUUUAGUAUGGUGCGUAUGAAUGUUUCAGCUUCACCCGAACAAGCUACAACACAACAACAAAAACCCAAUAAUUUGUCUCAUAAAAAUAAUCACAAUAGCAACAGUAGUCUAAGCAACAAUGUUGCUUCAACAUCAUCGUCAACGUCAUCAUUGAAUAGUACUGCAUCAUUGGAGCAAAGUACCUCAGCAGGCAUAGUAAUGGUGGUACCGCAACAGCAACCGCAACAGCAACAGCAACAGCAACAACAACAACAAACGUCGCAACAAUCACCACCAACACCUACAGCAGGCCAGACUCAAGGAAUACAAUCUCAGCAACAGCAAAUUCAAUAUACUCAUGUCCAGCAUAAUAUGCAACAUCAUGUAUUGCCUCAACAACAACAACAACAACAGCAGCAACAGCAGCAGCAACAACAACAACAGCAUCAGCAACAGCAACAACAACAGGCUCAACAUUCGCCUUCUGAAGCCAGUUCAAAUCCUUCGUUGCCGGGCUCACCACCAUUGCUGCAAUCAACCGCUACGCCACCUCAGGGGGCCCAAAUGGUAGCAUCUGUGCCUUGUGCUGUACACCAUCCCCAACAGCACCAGCAACAGCAAAUGGCUUUAAUGGCAGCCAUGCAAGCACAUAUGGCCGCCACGGGUGCCGGACCAUUACCACCGCAUCCUACGCAUAUGCAUCAUCAUCAUGGUCCACCACCGGGACCACAUGGGCCACCGCCUCUGCCACCGCCAAAUCAACAUGGUCAUCAACCACUUGAGAACGGACAUGUUGCUAGCGGUAUCUCACCAAGCGGUUCCACAGCUAGUAAUAUUAGCUCAGGUAGUUCAGGCAAUGGGAUUAAUGCAGGAAGCGUGCUGACAGCACCUGGUCCACCACCGCCAGGACCUGUUUAUAUACAAUAUCACGGGGAAUUUUAUCCAGCUGAAUAUUAUUUGGCCCCUCAUCCACAUGAGGGCAUUUGUCCACAACAUCCACAUCAUCCCCAGCCAAUGUGUGCAAUACCAACCGACUUCGGUAAGUUUUUUUUUUUUUUUUGUUUUUAAAGUCAAGCAAGCGAGUUUGAGAAAAAUGUUAAAAAUUUCUGAAUUUAAUAUCUGACGACACUCGCAGAUAAAUACAUUGUAGUACUAAUAGAGUAUUAAUUUCGAAAAAUAAUGCCAUCGCAGAUUAACACCAGUUUAGUAAUCAUCAGUUUACACCCUGACACCUGCACGUUAAAAGAAACAAAAAAAAAAAAA